GCGCUUGAUGAUGGGCCUGCGCGACCGCUUUGCGACGGUCCUGCGCCUGCUCGACAGCGAGCCCGUGGGCGAGCCCAGCCACCCCAGCGCGGCGCGGGAGAAGUGGCUGGCCUCGGGCGGGGCUGCGCUGGUCGAAGUGCAUCGUCUCCUGGCUCGCGUCCAGGGCCGCGCCCACUGGGCCCGCCUGCCCGACUGGGCAAGGGCGCCCUCCCUGCAGGGGGGAGACGUCUUCCUGGGAGAGCGCCGGGGCAGGGACCUCAAGCGGGUCAUCGCCGAGGCCCAGAAGCAUGAGAAGCUCGACGCCCAGGCAGCCCGGGUGCGCUGGAAGGGCUGGAUCGACCAGGACAUUCGGAAUUUCCACGGCCUCAAGAAGAUGGUCCUGCCCCCCGAUACAUGCGACUGGGAGCAGCUCCUGCCUCUUGAUCACCGCGGCGUGCGGGGCGUGAUCCGCUCGUUCCCGCGGCGCGCGGGGGUUGGGCAGUCGGGCAUUCCGCCCAGGGGCCCCGGGGACAUCUCGGACACAACAAUUGAUGCGAUGAUUGCGGUCUUCCACAAGUGCGAGGAGAUUUUGCAGUGGCCCAGCCGCCGCCUCAUCAACACCAUGGCCAGGCUUCCCAAGCCAGGCGGAGGCAGCCGCCUCAUUGGGCUCAUGCCGACGCCUGCAGCCCUGGACUUCUGGAAGGCCUACGAGAUGUGGGCGCCCGAGGCCAAGCGGCAGGAAGCCCGCGCCUUGCAGUUCCCGCUGCGCCUCGCGUGGGUGCUCCUGCCCACGUGCCACCAGCCCCGUGCGCUGCCCGCCUUCGACACGAUGUCGCGUGCGGUGGUGGCGCGGCAGAGGAACGUUGCGGGCUGCGGGCACGCCAACUCACUCCUGCUGGUGCUCACACUGCGUGCGCUGCAGAGAGCCGACGCCACUGCGCCCACAGCGCAGCCGCGCGGCCUGGUAGAUGACGUCAUGCUGGCGUGGGCGCGGCCGCGCGCGGGCCACAGUGAGGACCUGUCCAAGGCGUUGGUCAGCUUUACUGCCAGCAUGGCGAACCUCAAGCUGGUCAUGCAGCCGCAGAAGUCAGGCUUCCUGGCGUCCUCGAGGAGGGGGGCCAAGCUGCUGGGACCUGCGAUGCAGCGGCAGGGGCCCAAGGAGAAUAUCUGGGUUUGCAGCCUGGGGCGCGAGCUCCACGGGCGCAAGGUCUUCCGCACGCAGGAGAAAAGGCGCCUGGCGGCCCUGCUGGAGCGACAGCGGCGCCUGGCCAUGCUCGGGAGGGUGGCGGGGAGGCGCGCGGCCGCUUUGGUGGCCACUGGCCUUUCCCCUGCGGCUGGGCACGAAGCAGGGGUGUCAGGCUUGGCGGACAGGCCGCCAGCCCAGCUGCGCACGCUGGCGGCCGAGACGGCAGGGGCCAAAGCAGGUUGA